AUGACAGCAACCUGUCCAAUUGGUGCCGACGCCUCUUUUGGCCCACGAGUGAACGGCGCCUGCCGUGGUUUCGACUUUACCAUACAAUUUGAAGAUUUGGUAUUAGUCUGCUUACCAUCGUCAUUAUUCUUGCUGCUACUUCCAUUGCCUAUAUUGCAGUUAUGGAAAGCACACCAGUGCGUCAAGAGGUCUAUAUCGUUGUUUAUCAAGCUCUUAACUAUCGGGGGUGUGUUAAUAUGCCAAAUUGCCCUCCUCAUCCUGAGGGCAUCAGCCACCCAUCAUGAACGAACCAAUGCCUCACUCGCAGCAGAUAUUUUGCAGAGUCUCUCAGUCUUCUGUACCCUUUUCCUCUCCUACAUAAAUCACUGUCGUUCUAUCCGUCCUUCAACGUUGAUAAUUUUGUAUUUAUCGGCGCGGACAAUAGCAGACAUAGUUCGUGUGAGAACCUUGUGGCUUAUCCCAGAAGCGAGAAACACCAGCACCGUCCUCACGUUGAGCCUUAUUUUUACUUUGAUGUCAUUGGUCCUGGAAUCAGUGGAAAAAGAUGGAAUCCUUAUAGCAUCAGUGAAAAAGCCAGGUACUCCAGAACCAUUUAGUGGGUUCUGGAAGCAAGCUACUUUUGCCUGGCUUGCUACGACUUUCCGCCGCGGGUAUACCCAGGUCCUCUCCGUGGAUGAUCUCCCAGAUUUGGAUCCAAAACUCGACAGUGGUGCUAUUGGGCGGGAGUUGGCAAAAUCCUGGGCUAAAACUAAAGAUAAAUCUGCCAAGUAUGCGCUCUUCCAAGUAUGUCUAAAUGCAUAUCUUGGCUCCUUCCUGUCCGCAAUGCUGCCACGCCUCUGUCUUACUGCCUUCACCUUCUGUCAGCCUUUUCUUAUCAACGCCAUCGUCACCUGGGUUGGCUCCAAAGACGUCUCGAUGGCUUUUGGUAAGGGAUUAAUAGGAGCUACUGCCCUUACUUACGUAUCAACAGCCUUGUAUGAGUAUCGCACUAUCCGUUUCGUAAUUCGUCUCCGUGGCGGGCUAAUCUCGCUCAUCCAUAGCCAGACCGCCCGCGCUAGGAGCGUAGAUCUUGGUGAAAUCACUGCAAUCACUCUGAUGGGAACAGAUGUGGAGCGUAUCACAGUUGCGUUCAGAUAUAUCCAUGAAAUUUGGGCAUGUUGCAUCGACAUUGUAAUAGCAAUCUAUCUUUUGGAGAGGCAGGUCGGUGUAGCUUGUGUCAUGCCUGUUGUAAUCAUCCUUGUUUUCAUUGGGGCAACUCUUCCUCUCUCCGCUUCCACUAGCACCGCACAACGAUUGUGGGUGGAAAAAGUAGAAGAUCGGCUACGCCUAACCUCACAUGUUCUUGAAAAUAUCAAAGCCGUCAAAAUGUUGGGGCUUUCGAAAAAAUUAUCGUCCAUAAUUCAAGGACUUCGUCAAACCGAAAUAGCGGCAUCUACUGUCUUUCGCAAGCUAUUGAUUUGGAGAAUUGUGCUCUCCCAAGCGCCUACUGAUCUGGCUCCAAUAGCGUCGUUCACCUUAUACGUUAUUAUCGCGUUGGUCCAGAGGGACAAUUCUCUACUCGCUGCUCAGGCCUUCACAUCGUUGUCAUUAGUGUCCCUGCUGACGACACCUGUUUUAACCCUCAUCCAAUCAAUACCUGCAGUAAUCCAGUGUAUGGGAUGCUUUGACAGGACACAAGAAUACUGCAGUGCCCCGUCCUCUCCGGAACCUCAGAAAAUAUCUACGGGACCACAUCCGCACGGAAACCUCGUGGAUUUCCACAAUCAAAGCUUUGGGUGGAAAGAAAGCAAAUAUCCAAUUUUGCGUGACGUUGAUGUUAGUAUUCCGCAUGGAGCUUUUACUGCAAUCGUCGGCCCUGUCGGCAGUGGAAAGUCAACCCUGCUAGAGAGUAUUCUUGGGGAGACUUUGGCUACCGAAGGUUCCGCGGAAAGGAACUUCGCAACAGUUGGCUACUGUUCACAGAUACCCUGGCUGCAGAGCCAUACAGUUCGUGAAAAUAUUGUUGGCACCAUGGAUUUCGACAAAGAAUGGUACACAACAGUGCUUUGGGCAUGCGGACUUGAAAAAGAUCUAACACAACUUGCUCAUGGUGAUAAAACCACCGUAGGCAGUAAUGGUUUGAAGCUGAGUGGUGGACAAAAGCAAAGAAUUGGUUUGGCACGAGCUAUAUACUCGCGAUGCAGAGUUCUUCUCCUUGACGACGUCUUUAGUGGGGUCGACGCCACGGCCACCGAGAAGAUCGCUUCGCGCCUGUUCGAGGCUAACGGACUCCUUCGAAAUAUGAGAACCACUGUCGUCUUUGUAACACACUCUAGCCUUCUCCUUCCAUACGCGGAUCAAAUCAUCGUCUUGGCUGAUGGCCAUAUUGUUGAGAAAGGCAUUCUAAAAGAUCUAAAAUCCUGCAGUGCUUAUAUUCAGGCCAUGAAAGUUAAAUCAUCUUCCUUGUGUGACAAGGAGAAGGUGACAUUGGAGGAGAAAGCCUCGAACCCUGGCUUGUCCCCUAUUAUUGGUGUCGCUGGUGAGGAAGAGACCGUUCCUGGAUCAGCUGACUCGACACUUAAUGAGUUAUCUGAUGAUGAUAUAAGCCGUCAAAAGGGCGACUUUUCUGACUAUACAUACUAUCUAACGGCAACCGGAUUUCCUGUGGCUGCUGGUUUCCUAGGAACGGUUGCUUUUUGGGCCUUUUGCCGCCAGUUCCCAACUGUGUGGAUAGAUUGGUGGACAGCAGCGAAUGAACGGAAUCCUAACGCUGGGGUUGGUCUGUACCUUGCCAUAUACGCAUUCCUUGGAGUUAUUGGUAUAGUCUUCAUGAUUUGUGCUUGCUGGUUUAGUCGAGACAUGGACCUGGUUGAUAUGGAUCUCCCCAUGCAGGCGCUGAACUUCGUUGCUGCAUCCGGCACCUGUACAGCUCAGAUUGUUAUACUAGCUGUGUAUGCCAAAUACUUGGCAAUCACCAUCCCUUUUGUGGCCGGUCUUGUAUACAUGACGCAAAAGUUCUAUCUUAGGACUUCACGGCAGUUGCGGCUUUUGGAUAUUGAAGCAAAAGCUCCUCUCUAUACUCACUUCAUGGAACUAGUGAGCGGAGCUGUGACCGUUCGAGCAUUCGGCUGGCCAGCCGCUUUCGACAACACAAGUAUAACCCUGCUCAACUUCUCUCAGCGACCUGUAUAUCUGCUUAAUUGCAUACAGCAAUGCCUCCAGCUAUUCUUAGACAUAACAGUGGCAGUCGUAACCGUUGCCCUGGUGGCUAUGGUUGUCUUUAUGCGUGAUUCAUUCGAUCCAGGCUCUGUCGGAGUUGCAUUGGUCAUGGUCAUGACUUUCAACAGCAAUUUGAUGCUUCUUAUCCGGUUUUGGACUCUAAUGGAGACAUCUAUAGGCGCGAUUUCGCGGAUUAAAAGGUAUGUAGCCACCACCGAGCCAGAGGAGAUCGCCGUAGACAUGCAACCACUACCUGUCGAAUGGCCUUCUCUAGGAUCAAUUCAGCUCUGCCAGCUUGAGGCGGGACACUCAAUGACCUCGGCUCCGGUCCUGAAAAGUGUUACAAUGUCCAUUAACCCUGGAGAAAAAAUUGCUAUUUGUGGUCCAUCUGGAAGCGGGAAAACAACAUUGGCUCUUUCUCUUCUGCGAAUGGUCGAAACACAGAAGGGGAGCAUCGAGAUUGAUGGAGUUGAUAUAUCGAUGCACAGCCGCGCCGAAAUUCGGCAGAGGCUAAAUGUUGUCACUCAGGAGCCUUUCAUCAUGCCCCGUGAUGUCCGGUUCAACAUAGAUCCACUUCAAAGCACGUCAGAUGAGUCCAUGGUUGCGGCGUUACAAAGGCUGGGGCUGUGGGACUCAAUUGAAAAUGAAGGCGGCCUCGACAUGCCAUUAUAUUGA